AUGAUAUUUAGUUGGAAAGAUGGACGACGGCCAAGCACUGCCAUUGAUAUGACUUCGAAUGGAACAACUAAGGAGGCAAGACUGGUAGUAAAAUUCAAGGAAUUUACAACGACUGAUUGGCCUGUGGCUUUUGUGAUGCCCAAAGAAGGUAUCCCUUACUACGGCAUCACUCAUUGGAAGUUCAUUGAAUAUAUGACAAUGUACAUUCAACGCUACGUAAUUACAGAGGUUUACAAUGAUCACCUGGUACCAUCAGUGGACCCAGAAGUGAGACAAUGUAGAUUUUCAUGGGAAACUGAUGGACUGAAACAUUAUAAACGAUAUUCACAGAGUAUAUGUAUUUUGGAGUGUAGGAGGCAAAAGGAACUGGAAAUUUGUGGUUGCAAUACUCCCUUGAUGCCAUUUGCAGAGGAGAAGGAUGUCUGUGACAUAGAGGGAUUGCUAUGUCACCACAUGACAGAAAAGUUAUAUAGGCUGAAGCCAAAAUCCAGCAAUGAUACAAAUGCUAUCUAUUGUCAGUGCCCCAGUGGAUGUGAAGAGAUUGAAAUAGAUGAGACAUACAAUAGUGUAGUAGGCAGGAAAGACUUGGGAGACAUAGCCAUAUUAGACAUUUCUUUGGAAAGAUCUUCAUCCCUUCAUUACCGGAGAGUUGUAGUCCGUGGGAGUUUGGACAUGGUUGUGAACAUUGGUGGAACUCUGGGAUUAUUCAUAGGUGCCAGCCUGCUAAGCCUCAUUGAGAUAAUUCACUAUUUUGUGCUUCCCCUUAUUUUUGGUGUCAAAGAUACUCCAAAGACACCUGUUAAAACUACAGGUAUCACAAUGUUUAACCGACGUGUGAAAGCUCAAUACCAAAGACGUCUUCACAGUGUUCCCUCUAUGUUUUAUUAA